AUGAUUUCGUCCAUCCUACCUGUCGCGCUCCUUGCUCUCCAGAGCGCAAGCUUCGCCCUCGGAGGGGUAAUCCAAGCCCGUGGCGACCUGCCCACACCCACGCCCAAGGAAAUGAGAGAGAGGAUGAAGGAAUGGGACAGCGAUGACUACGAGUACGUCUUCUACCUCGGGAAGGAGUCGCAGGGAGUAGCGGAGUCCUGGUCCGAGGAUCGAGGUCUCGGCACCAUGACUCUCUGGGAAACGGAUAGACAACUCAAGGACGAAACGCUCUGGUACGACCCGAACAAGGCGUGGAGGUUGUGGAACGAGGUGUUCACCGAACAGGCGCGCGGUACGGCGUUUGUCUUCUGGACCGACUCGGGCAAGAUUCCGAGGAUCGACAGCUGGUUCUUCCAAAUUGAACUCCCGAUCCUGAAGGAGAGGGCCAAGGGCCCCGGGCACGAUCUCGAAGAGCUCAUCCAGAUCAACGCGAGGAACGUCAAGGAAAUCCAUCAGAUCCUCCCCGUUGACGUGAACGACUACAAGGACAAGCAGUGCGCGUGGCACGGCACGGCGCCCGAGUGCGACGCCAAGUGUCCGGAUGGAACGAAGAAGAUUACCGAGAGCAAGUAUGGUGAUGACAUCGACGGCAAAUGUGAAGAAGAAGGGCGGAAGGUCUUCUGUUGUAAGAAGGACUAG